AUGGGUCCAAAACAAGAGACGGUUCUAGUUGCGCGUUCUACGAUAUAUGUAGCUACAGAUUUUGGGGCCAAAUUUCUAAUUGAAAAUUCAUGUAUACCCAUCAUGGGAGUUGAACUGAUAGCAAUUAAAGAAGCAAUGCAUUAUAUAGAAUCAACAUCAUACCAUAAAAUUGUAAUCCUUACUGACUCGAAGAGUAGUCUACAACAUUUGUUGAGAAGUGCUAGGGGCGGUUGUGUCGGUAGAAAUGAAGCUUACCUCGUUAUUAAAUGUAUCUAUAGAUUGAUACGUAACGGGGUUGAAGUUCGUCUACAAUGGAUUCCCUCACACGUGGGCGUCAGGGGCAACGAGGUAGCAGACUCACUUGCAUCCAAAGCUCUACGGAACGGCAUACCUCUCGAUAUCACACCGCACUAUACUGACUACUUUCCAAAAAUUAAAAACGAAAAUUAUCUUAAAUUUAAAUGUUAUUUUAGUGAGUGCUCUCAAAACAGGGGCCUCUGGUACAGAAGCAUUGUAGACGAACCACCACGCAUACCAUGGUUUGCUUCAAGAAACCUCAACAGAAAAUAUUUAACGAUUUGUUUCCGAACCCGUACCUAUCACAUCCCACUUAACAAAUUUAACUUCACAAUGAAAAAAAGAGACGAUCCAAACUGUAAACGAUGUGAGAGAGAGGAGGACCUCCUACACUUAGUUCUUGAGUGUAAAAUCAACGAACAACCUAGGUUGGAUUUCCUAAAUGAAACUCGAUGUUCUAGGGGUGAGCUUCUCUUCUCUCUCCAUCAAAUCUUAAGUUCAAAUUUCACAGCCGAACAUAGUGGUAGAUUUGUAAGUUUCAUCAUAGACUCAUUGAAUCGUAGAUCUGAAUAUUAUAAAAAUGCUCAUUAA